UAUCGCAGGCUGAAAGGUAGAGGACUGCGGAACUCCCUCCCAGACGGAGCACAAAGUGAGAACGUUCUCCUGCAGAACCACCCAUUCAAACACCAGGCAGUGAGAAGAACCUCUCGCUGUUGCUUUAAGUAUCUAUCUGACGGAUUUGACCCCGCACCACAGAGAAAUUAUUAAUUUUUAAUCAAACAGCCCUGGAAGUAAGAUGCUGUCUCUACUUCUCCUUCUUUCGUUGUGUCUGAUGAAGCUGGUUUGGAGCCUAACACCGUUGGCUGUGGUUGUGCCUCAGGACCCUAUUCUGACCAUUGGGUCAUCACUGACUGCCAUGUGUAUUGUGAACUCUGAGGCUAACGAGGACGCCCAGGGUCUGUACUGGACACUGAAUGGCGAGAGGCUUCCUGCAGACUUGUACAAUCCAGUGAAUAACAGCGCACUGAAGGUGACACUUCAUGGCCUGAACGGCUCACGGCAACAAUCUGGUGAUAACCUGUUGUGUCACCGUAGCGACAACAGGGUUCUGGCUGGCUCAUGUCUCUAUGUGGGCUUUCCCCCUGAAAAACCUACCAACAUUACCUGCUGGUCAAAGAAUACCAAGGAUCUCACCUGUAAAUGGACCCCAGGGGGUGAGGGUGAAUCCUUUCUUCAUACCAACUAUACACUGAAGUACAAGUUACGCUGGUACGGUAAGGAGAACGAGUGCCAGGAGAUGGCCAGAGCUGGACCAAACUCUUGCUACAUUCCCAAGGAUCUUGCCCUCUUCACUCCGUAUGAAAUCUGGGUUGAGGCAUCAAACAAACUGGGGACUGCAGCUUCUGACAUCCUCUCUCUGGACAUCCUGGACGUGGUUACCACGGAUGCUCCAUUUGAUGUUCAGGUGAACCGUGUUGGUGAUCUGGAGGACCAGCUCAGUGUCCGUUGGAGCUCUCCGCCUGCAUUGAGAGAUUUCCUCUUUCAGGCCAAGUAUCAGAUCCGGUAUCGUGUGGAGGACAGCACGGAAUGGAAGGUAGUGGAUGACAUUGGAAACCAGACCCUGUGCCGAUUGGCAGGGUUGCGACCGGGCACUGUUUAUUUUGUGCAGGUGCGUUGUAACCCCGUUGGCAUUUACGGUUCAAGGAAAGCUGGGAUUUGGAGUGAAUGGAGCAUUCCCACAGCUGCCUCCACACCCCGGAACGAGAGAUCGAGUGGCACGUGUUACCAGAAGAGUGGGGAGAGCAGCUCCAAUCUGCGGCGUGAGCUCAAGCAGUUUUUUGGCUGGGUUAAGAAGCACGCCUAUGGGUGUACCGCUCUGAACAUCAAACUGUAUGACCAAUGGCGUGUGUGGUUGCAGAAAUCGCACAAGACACGGAACCAGCCAUCAUUGACUCUUCCGCCCUUUCUCUUCUCCCAGAACCAAGAAGUCGCCGUUUUUGUCGGACUGCAGGAAGGUGAGUGAGAUUAAGCUGAUUCUCCAGGCCGGUAACUCCAGAAAUUAUUCUUCAAAAGGACAGACGCCUUAGGGGGAGUGAGGAUUGGUCUUUGAACCAAAAUGAAUGUGUGAAGCAGUCAUCACAACCCUUGAUCCUUAUUGUUAGUCAUAGAGCAGUUACAAACCCUCCCAUAGGUGUAUCCAUUCAUUCAUUAAAGAAAGAUACAGGAGAUGAUUUAGUGACAUCAAGUGUUUAGACACUGACAGUUCCCCUCAGCAAUCUAUGAUCAAAUCCAUCACAGGGGUUGAAGGCCAUUCCUCUUUUAACUGCUGGUCAACAUUUCAUAUUCAAUAAUUUUGUCUUUCAGUUGUGUUUUCAGAAUCUUAGCACCCUUAUCUCUUUAUUUCUUGCUCCUAACAUCUGUUUGUGUAGUUUGGUGUUAGUUUUUAUUUUGUAAAACCCUUGUGAUGUCUGUUAGAGAGUACUUAAAGGUGUUGUACAAAUGUCAAGUGUUGUUAAAUAGUCCAAAAUCUUAGCAGGAUAAAGUAUUCAAAGUUCCCAGGAAGUAAAUGGCAUGGAGCAUUGGAAAAUCCACCCAGUACAUGGAACAAUGCCUUUAAGUAUGAACGCAAAAAGCAACUGAAUCAAAAUAUAUGGGAUUAAUCAUUUAUUUACUUUAUAAUAAACCUGGCACAACAUUUAA